AUGCACAAGAAGUCCGGGAACUUGGAGGGGAACUCAGCCAGCCAGCCGGGGUCCUCCCGCACUGACACUUCGUCUUCUAUCGGAACAGCUCCCCUGGCUGUUGGGGAAAGUUCUGUGACUCAGCGCGCGAGCGGUGGGAGCACUUCGUCCGCCUUGUCGGAUAAUCAGGAUCCAUCAUCUCCUCGUACCAAAGUCAGCACCACGACGGCGACUUCUGCAGCCACGUCUGGCCGCAGCUCUGGCAAUGCGGGCCAAUUGGAGGAACGGAAACGCUCCCAGCAGCUGCUGGGGCCAGACGUCUUCUUCCGAAAAUUCCGGCAGAUUGUCAGCCAGAAUCGGCGCCGCUACCAAAAUGACGGAUAUGAUUUGGACCUGACUUAUAUCACUGACCGAAUCAUUGCUAUGGGCUAUCCAGCGUCGGAUCGUGAAUCGGUUUAUCGGAACAGCAUGGAACAGACGGUCAGCUUUCUCGAGCGUCGCCAUCGCGGCCACUACAAAGUCUUCAACCUUCGUGGAUCUUACGUCUACGACCCGGCCCUCUUUGAACAUCGUGUGGUCUGCUUUGAAAUGACUGACCAUCACCCGCCGCGUCUCGAGCUCAUGGCUCCAUUCUGUCGCGAAGUGCACAACUAUCUGCAAGAGGACAAGCGCAAUAUUGUGGCCGUUCAUUGCAAGGCAGGCAAGGGCCGGACUGGUGUUAUGAUCUGUGCCUAUCUGGUCUACAUCGGCUUUUACUUGUCGCCGCGCCAGAACAUGGACUAUUAUUCAGUGGUCCGGACGAUGAACAAUAAGGGUGUGACCAUCCCCUCGCAGCGUCGUUACGUCUACUACUUUGCGCACCUGCGAAAAUUCCAUCUGAACUACAUCCCGUUGCGCGUCGAGCUGGUCGGCGUCUACGUCGAGCGUCCGCCGUGUAUCAGUGGGUCGUUAACAAAGGGUGAUUUCUCGCUGCGGGUGUGUAACGGUGACGUUGAUGUGUAUCACGGGGAUUGGUAUACGUACACUAAAGAGAGCUGGGAGGAAGAGGACAAGAAAUGGGGCAAUCCGACUCGAUGCUCUCGUGGCCCGGAUUCUUAUGAUCCCUGCAACCCGGUCCGUGGCAAUGAUGUGAUUUCUAGGAGAGCUUACGGCUGGACCGUACCUUCCAACAAACGGGUAUUCCUGGAAGGUGAUGUGCGCAUGGAUCUCUACCACAGCAAGAAAGUCAAGCUGCUCAACGUUGGAAGCAAGGAUCGGUCAAAGGUUGGACACGUCUGGUGGAACACGAUGUUUGCUUGUCCGCAGUUUUGCGGUGGCUUCUAUAAACAUGGCGAUGAAGCGUUCCCAUAUCCACCCGGUGAGACUACAAUUGCCUCUCGGGUUCUUGCCACAAAUCCACCUCCGCCUCCGCCACAGCAAGGCGUUCGCCCGAAGAGUGGAAGCGCUUCUGUCCCGAAUAGUCCACCGUUGUCACCUAAAACGGAACGUUCUUCUACCGCAACUCGUGCCCCAUCUUUCGAUGCACGCAAAAACAAAGCAUCGAGUGCCAAUCGGCUUCACAACGCCGUCAAGAAACUGGCCGAAGGUGUCGUCUCGCGGAAUAGCGAGCCUAACAUCGAUCGACCAUCGUCAUCGGGAAAGCGCGACGGCUCGAGCAGCGAUCCGACGAGGAGGGGAGAUGGCUCCAGCUUUGACAUUCACUUGAUCUCACCACCGGGACAAGACCUCCAUUGUCCGACCGACUCCCUUGAGGCGAUUUACGGGGACAAGGAGUGGGUUUCAAUACCACCACGAAUCGAGAUCGAGCGCAUUCUCCGGGAAGCUCACCUUCGCGAACUCGUGGCCGAUCAGUACAACGAACGCCGUCUCUCUGUUCCUCAAGAUGGAACGCCAGUGGAGAAGGCCCCAGACGGUCGCCCGGGCACGAGCACCGGCUUUGGUCCGUUCUGCAUUACGCGGGAAGCGGAGGAACACGUGCAAAUCUACAACGUGUUGGAAGUCGACCGUGCUUAUAAGAAGAAGGAUAUCGACCCAGGCUUCCGUUUGAUCGUCGUCACUCGGUGUGUUCCCGUUGGCGGAUCCGAUGCCGAACUGGCGAAGGAGUUCAUGCGCGUCACACAUGAAAAACAGCAGGCCAAGGACGAGAAGAAGUUUGCACAGAUUGCUGCACGCCAAAAGAAGCUUUCCGAGAAAAUGGGCGAGUCCGAGGAGGCUGUGAAACGUUCGAUGAUCAAUCAGGACAACUUUAUUGACGAAGAGCAGUGGCAGCACGACGAUCGCUUCCAGGACCCGUUGCAAAAGAAAUAUUUCUAUCGUCAGCGCAUCGACUCUUUCAGUCGUUAUCCUCUCGGCAACUACAGAUGCCCUCUGUUGACUCAAUUCUCAACGUCUCCGCCUCGUAUGACACCACCAGCUGCCACUUCACCGCUCUCGGCCAACAAUCCGCGCGCAAACCAGGACAUGGACGUCCGCAGCUAUCAUCCGGACGACGGUCAGUGGCGUGAAAAAUCUGACAUUUCAACGUCAAGUGACGAGGAGAGUGACCACGACGCCUCACAAGCCACUAUUCGCCCUCCCAGCAACUUUGAUGAUGAGUGCAAGAAUAGCAAGCCUUCCACCUCCUCGCGGGACGCC